UUGAGUUAUUUCACCUUGUAAUAGUUCCACAUGGAACUUUCUCCCGAGCUUGAGACCUCUGUAACCCAAGGCCUAUGGAAAUCCCAUCUUGGAUAUCCAAGGGCAUCUGUGGGCUAAAUCAGACACCACCUCUUUCCUGCUUAUGAUUUUUCAGCGUAAUCCCAUCACCUGGAGAAUAAGAUCCUAUACUUUUUAUGUAAUACCCCUUACAAUAUGGCCUAAAUUCAAUUACUAAUAGUUCUCUCACACAUUACAUUUUCAUCUCCAUGUUUGGCUUUUUACACAAAACUCUCAGUCCACCUUUGUUGCCUGACAACAGCCUAUUUAUAGAGGACUUUUCUUACACAUCCGCUGUAGGAAGAAAACCUUCACUAAACCCCACCACUGUCCUAAAUGUCCUUAAGUCUGUAUUCUCAUAGUAUCCUAUGGGUUUCUCAAUUUUUAGUCAUGUCUUGUUUUAUAUUUAUGAUCCACUUGUCCAUCUCUCACACUAACAGUCUAAGCUGGGACAGGCUGGAUUGGAUCUUACUUACCUUUGUAUCCCUAGUGCUUAGAUCAAUACCUGCAAAUAUUUCUUUUUUUUAAUUCAUAUGAAUAGACUACUUUCUUCUUCUGGUUGGUUAUGUUCUGAGAUCCUGUCACAGAAUUUGGUCUUUUAUCUCAAAAGUUGAAGGUUCCCAUAGAGCCAGCUGCACAGUUCCCAGAACACUAACAACACCACAGCCAAUUACCAGGAGUGGGCUGCCCUGAGUUGGUCUCCCAAAAGACAAAGUCCAGGGCUUGGAGAAGGAGCAGGGAAAGAACAAUGGAAGCUGACCAACCCAGACUCCUAUUUCUAUUAUUUCUUUUCACAUGGCGACUGUCCCCAGAAGUUGCUGCAGAAGUUCAGGAAUCAUCAGAUGGUUCUGCUGCUUCUCAGAAACCCGUGUCACUCACAGAUGUCCCAGCAACCAUGGAAUUCAUUGCUGCUGCUGAGGUGGCCAUCAUUGGUUUCUUCCAGGAUUUAGAAAUACCAGCAGUGUCCCUAUUCCAUAGUAUGGUGCAAAACUUCCAAGACGUGUCCUUUGGAAUCAGCACCGAUUCUGAAGUUCUGGCCCACUACAACAUCACCGGGAACACCAUUUCCCUCUUUCGCAUGGUGGAUAAUGAAAAACUGGAUUUAGAGAGCAAAGACAUUGAAAGCAUUGAUGCCACCAAAUUAAGCCGUUUCAUUGAGAUCAACAGCCUCCACUUGGUGACAGAGUACAACCCUGUGACAGCAGUUGGUCUAUUUAAUAGCAUGAUCCAGAUUCAUCUUCUACUGAUGAUGAACAAGGCCUCCCCAGAGUAUGAAGAAAGUCUGCACAGAUACCAGAAGGCAGCCAAGCUCUUCCAGGGAAAGAUUCUUUUUAUUCUGGUGGACAGUGGUGUGAAGGCCAAUGGGAAGGUGAUCUCAUUUUUCAAACUAAAUGAGUCUCAACUGCCCGCUUUGGCAAUUUACCGGACUCUGGAUGAGGCGUGGGAUACACUGGCCAUUACAGAACUUUCUGUGGAGCGUGUGCAAAACUUUUGUGAUGGAUUUCUCAAAGGGAAACGUCUGAGAGAAAAUCAUGCAUCAGAAGAAAAGACUCCAAAGGUGGAACUCUGAUCUCUCCCUGAUAGUUCUGCAUACUACCAAGUAUUUACAUGAAAUUAAAAAAAAAAGGCAACUCGAACCUCAGAAACAAGAAACGACAGGAUCGCCAAGCCUUAUACACACACAUAUGCACACACAGAGCUCUCUGGGUUUUUGUUUUUCCUUAAAAUCUCAUUUAUCUCCUUAUCCUUUCUUUUAAAUUGUCUACACUCUCUCACUACCCAUCCCGUCUUCGUCUACACAUUCACAUUGUGUAGUCCCAUACGCCGCAGCACACACCACUGAAUGGCACCUUUAACAGACCUCCUGUGAUACCUCUUUGAAUGGGAGACAUUUCUGGAGAAGGUUUUUCUGAUUUGUCACUUCCUAUUGAAUCUGCACAAUGCACCAGUCUUACAUGCACCAUAGAUUCUGUCCUUUUAUGGAUAGUAAUGGGUAGAAAACUCUCUUCCUAAGCACAUGUCCCUUUCUAACUCAGGGCCAGGAACAAAAGGACAGUUUUAAACACCUUUCUGGAAUUGUCUUUUUGCCAGAGUCAAAUGAUGUUUCCAAGUCUCCGAACUCAGCAGAAACAGGCUAUGUAAAAAAAACCCUAUGCUUGUUUAGCGU